AUUCCCGGACCCAGUUGUCCACCCCCAGCGGCUGCCAAGUGACCGUUGGAAAAAAUCAGGCUACGACUAAGCAACAUCUGCGAACUCUCCCCCAACCCCUAAAUUCCGCCGGCUCAUUCUGGUGGAGUCUCCGUGGCGACGUGUAGCCAAGUGCGGCUGCGCAAGAGUGACGAGCGCGGGCGAGGGGGAGGGGGUGUUUUGGUUCUAGCCGCUCGCCGUCCUUUCCAGACUCGGUCGUCGGAAAGCUUCUCGUUUCUGCUUCCCCCACCCCUUUCCCUUCCCUUUCCCAGCCCCAUUCUUCCCUCCUUUUUUCCUACCUGCCGCCCCGGGUCUGGGCCAUUUUUUGGGCCGGGCGCACUAAGGUGCGCGGCCCCGGGGCCCAGUAUAUGACCCGCUGCUCUGCUGUCCCUCGCUUCCGCCGCCCCAUGUGGCUGCGGGGUCGCGGCGGUGUUGCCCACUAUGGCCCGGAAAGCAGUUAGCAGGAAGCGGAAAGCGCCGGCCUCGCCGGGAGCCGGGAGCGACGCUCAGGACCCGCAGUUUGGCUGGGAUCACUCGCUUCACAAAAGAAAAAGACUCCCUCCAGUGAAGAGAUCUUUAGUGUACUACCUGAAGAACCGGGAAGUCAGGCUACAGAAUGAAACCAACUACUCUCGAGUGUUGCAUGGUUAUGCAGCACAGCAGCUUCCAAGUCUCCUGAAGGAGAGAGAAUUUCACCUUGGAACCCUUAAUAAAGUGUUUGCAUCUCAGUGGUUGAAUCAUAGGCAAGUGGUCUGUGGCACAAAAUGCAACACGCUGUUUGUAGUGGAUGUCCAAACAAGCCAAAUCACCAAGAUCCCCAUUCUGAAAGACCGGGAACCUGGAGGUGUGACCCAGCAGGGCUGUGGUAUCCAUGCCAUUGAGCUGAAUCCUUCUAGGACACUGUUAGCCACUGGAGGAGACAACCCCAACAGCCUUGCCAUCUACCGGCUGCCUACACUAGAUCCUGUGUGUGUGGGAGAUGAUGGACACAAGGAUUGGAUCUUUUCCAUUGCAUGGAUCAGCGACACUAUGGCAGUGUCUGGCUCACGUGAUGGUUCUAUGGGACUCUGGGAGGUGACAGAUGAUGUGUUGACCAAAAGUGAUGCAAGACACAAUGUGUCACGGGUCCCUGUGUAUGCUCACAUCACUCAUAAAGCCUUAAAGGACAUCCCCAAGGAGGACACAAAUCCUGACAACUGCAAGGUCCGGGCUCUGGCUUUCAACAAUAAAAACAAGGAAUUGGGAGCAGUGUCCCUGGAUGGCUACUUUCAUCUCUGGAAAGCUGAAAAUACACUCUCUAAGCUCCUCUCCACCAAACUGCCAUAUUGCCGUGAGAAUGUGUGUCUAGCCUAUGGCAGUGAAUGGUCAGUGUACGCAGUGGGCUCCCAGGCUCAUGUCUCCUUCCUGGAUCCACGGCAGCCGUCCUACAACAUCAAGUCUGUGUGUUCCCGGGAGCGAGGUAGCGGGAUCCGGUCAGUGAGUUUCUAUGAGCACAUCAUCACUGUGGGCACAGGGCAGGGCUCCCUGCUGUUUUAUGAUAUCCGAGCUCAGAGAUUUCUGGAAGAGAGGCUCUCAGCUUGUUAUGGGGCCAAGCCCAGACUAGCAGGGGAGAAUCUGAAACUAACCACUGGCAAAGGCUGGCUGAAUCAUGAUGAAACCUGGAGGAAUUACUUUUCAGACAUUGAUUUCUUCCCCAAUGCUGUUUACACCCACUGCUACGACUCGUCCGGAACGAAACUGUUUGUGGCAGGAGGUCCCCUCCCUUCAGGGCUCCAUGGAAACUAUGCUGGGCUCUGGAGUUAAUGACAACUAAUUCUCUCCCAAAAUGCAGAGAUUUACACUAACUUCCAUCCUCAGUUUCCUUGUUUCUUUUGAUUUUUUUUUUCCGAAUUGUGUGAGGCUCUCAUAUUAUAGUGGGAACACCAGAGUUUGCCUAUGGUUUAGGCACUUAAUAGGAAGAAGUUCUAUACAGAAAUCUGAAGGUUGUUUUGGUUUUGCUUUUUUUCUGUUUUUUUCUUUGGUAGUCAGACUUUUACUAUCCUUUUUUCUUUCUGGCUUUUCAACCAAAUAUUGUUGCUAAUCCCUAUUUGUACUUUUUCUUUAAGUGACACAUACUAUUUCCUCUCUGGCUUCUUUAGGCUGACAUGCCAUAGUCAUUCUCACCCUUACUUCACUCUUGAGAGGUAGGGCUCCUUUAUAAUUAUGUGGUUGCUGUCAGACUUUCUGUGAAAGUUUGGGAGCUGUGUGUUUGUGUGCGUGUGUGUGAACUUGUGUGCCUGUAGGUACUGUGUGUCACUGAAAUGACCUGGAGUGGGGAUUACUUGUAAUUAAAAUAUUUAUGAAAGAAACAACCUUAUUCACAGAGUCCAUUGUUGGGACUAAUGUGUAUCUUGUUUUUUAAAGUCUGACAACACUGAUAAUAGGAAAUAAAAACAGAAAGGAAAACAAAUCACCACAGGGAAAACAUUUUGAGUUAGAUUGCAGGCUUCCUGGGGCCACCCAUGCCAGGACUCUGAAGUUAUCCAGUCCUACCUCUUCCCACCUGUGUGUCCUCCCAGGUGCAAAGUAUGUGUCAUUUCUACUUCCCAGCCUCCCAUCUGCUGAGCCAGUGGCCACUUUGCUAAAACAUCAGUGUCCAUCCAGAUGCAGCUCUGGAGGUUACAAAGGAGUUCAUAGGACUUAGUAAAGAGCAUCCCUAUCCCAAUCUCCCUCUCCUUCCCCUCAUACAAGACCUGAUCUGGUAUCUUAGGUGUCUGGAGCUGGGGGCCUUAAGUCUGCUAAGAUUCACAUACAUAGUCCCUUGGCUUUGAGGAGAACCUUCUCCUUUGCCUUUCUUCCAGUCUCUCUAAUGAUUUUGCUGUUAUUUUCUAAAUUGGGUUCAGUCCAAGAGGGUGGGGUGAGCAGGGGGUUUAUCUGUGUGUAGUGAGGGCUUCAUGUGUGGAAUGUUAGUUUUCUCAGUGCAGUGGGACUUAGGGUUGAAGCCAUCACUCAUAUUCUCUUGGCUCAGCUCUGUGAUGGUGAUGGGGUGGCCUGCAGCCAGCAUCGUUAUGCAUGUAACAACAUCGAUGUGAUUAGUAAUUUGUCUGUUCCUCCCUUGAACUGUCUGUUUAGUCUGAGGGUUUUAAACCCACAGGCUUAACUGUGGUGUCUACUUGUUCCCUGCCUUUUAGACAUCAUGUUGAAAAUAAGAGCUAUUCCUACCCACAAAUUCCUCCUCUAAGCACAUACUCUGCUUCUCUGUCAACAUCCCAUUCUGGGGAAAGGAAAUGUCAUGUUUAUUCCUGUAUCUCAGUUCCUUGAUUGCUCUCCCAGUUAUCCCUCUCUUCUCUGGGUAUCAGUGGGGAAGUUGGGAGAAAGAAUGUCCUCUUCAUGGUGGGGUGGGGGGGGUUGCUGUUGAAGGGAGACUGCAAGUCCACCCCAAGUUGGUGGUACACAGCAUACACCACAGGUUCUGGAAUUCACCUCUUUGAACCUAGAGAAAUAGGUGCUAUAAACAGGGAAUUAAGCAAAAUGCUGGAUGCUACAAAUCUUUUAAUUGUCUUAAUUUUUUUCUAUUAUUAAACUACAAGCUGUAGAUUUCUUAGUUCUCACAGAACUUCUAUCAUUUUAAACAGACUUGUAUAUUAAAAAAAAGAAAUCUUAAGUAGAAUGUUUUGUACUGUUACCAGACCCUCUUCUGUGAUGGGUAAUGCGUUUGAUUGUUUGAGAUUUUCUGUUUUUAAAAAUGUAGCACUUGACUUUUUGCCAAGGAAAAAAAAAUAAAUAUUAUUCCAGUGCAAAA